CAGAGGAUGUGCUGAAUGGUGCGCUUCGAGGCGGCGGCCAAGCAGGAUCCGGCGGUGGGCGGCUCGCACUACCCGGCUCUGCUUCUUCGCGUCUUCCGAGGCACCACAGCCACCGCGGGCUCUCGACCCUGCGUCCCGCCUGGGGCAUGGCCGGCUGCUGCGCCCUCGCGUGUCCCGCUUACUGAGCGGUGCGGGCCAGAGGUGCGGAGGCCAAGAGGCCGGGAGGCCGGCUGGCAGCGGAGCCCAGAGCCUGCUGAGCAGAGAGCCGAGCCCUCCCGUGCGUGGAGGUCCGCGCCCAAUCCCCGCCGCGCUCGCCCGGGCUGCCCGGAACCCCAAUGAGCCCAGAUGGCUGGGGCGACUCCACUAUUGUUUCUCCAAUUAUUUUGAGGACGGAUCCUCAGGGAUUUUUCUUUUACUGGACAGAUCAAAAUAAGGAGACGGAGCUGUUAGAUCUCAGCCUUGUCAAGGAUGCCAGGUGUGGGAAGCAUGCCAAAGCUCCCAAGGACCCCAAGUUACGUGAACUUCUGGAUGUUGGGAACAUCGGGCACUUGGAGCAGCGCAUGAUAACCGUGGUGUAUGGGCCUGACCUGGUGAACAUCUCUCACUUGAAUCUUGUGGCUUUCCAAGAGGAAGUGGCCAAGGAAUGGACAAGUGAGGUUUUCAGCUUGGCAACAAACCUCCUGGCUCAGAACAUGUCCAGGGACGCAUUUCUGGAGAAAGCAUACACUAAGCUCAAGCUUCAGGUCACUCCAGAAGGGCGCAUUCCUCUCAAAAACAUCUACCGAUUGUUUUCAGCAGACCGGAAGCGAGUUGAAACUGCACUAGAGGCUUGUAGUCUUCCAUCUUCAAGGAACGAUUCUAUACCUCAAGAGGACUUCACUCCAGAUGUGUACAGAGUUUUCCUGAACAAUCUUUGUCCGAGACCUGAAAUUGAUAACAUCUUUUCUGAAUUUGGUGCCAAAAGCAAACCGUACCUUACUGUGGAGCAGAUGAUGGAUUUCAUCAACCUUAAGCAGAGAGACCCCAGGCUCAAUGAGAUACUUUACCCACCUCUGAAGCAAGAGCAGGUCCAAGUGUUGAUUGAGAAGUACGAACCCAACAGCAGCCUCGCCAAGAAAGGGCAGAUGUCAGUGGAUGGAUUCAUGCGCUACCUGAGUGGAGAAGAAAAUGGAGUCGUUUCACCUGAGAAACUGGAUUUGAACGAAGACAUGUCUCAGCCCCUGUCUCACUAUUUCAUCAAUUCCUCACACAACACCUACCUCACAGCUGGCCAGUUGGCUGGGAACUCCUCUGUAGAGAUGUAUCGCCAGGUGCUUCUGUCUGGAUGUCGCUGUGUGGAGCUGGACUGCUGGAAGGGAAGGACUGCAGAGGAAGAGCCUGUCAUCACCCAUGGAUUCACCAUGACAACAGAAAUAUCCUUCAAGCCCCAAGCAGCAAGCCAAGAUGGCUGAGUAUUGCCGAUUAAUCUUUGGUGAUGCCCUCCUUAUGGAGCCACUGGAAAAAUACCCACUGGAAUCUGGGGUACCUCUUCCAAGCCCUAUGGAUUUAAUGUAUAAAAUCUUGGUGAAAAACAAGAAGAAAUCGCACAAGUCAUCGGAGGGAAGUGGCAAAAAGAAGCUGUCUGAGCAAGCCUCCAACACAUACAGCGACUCCUCCAGUGUGUUCGAGCCCUCGUCUCCAGGAGCUGGGGAAGCGGAUACAGAGAGUGAUGACGAUGAUGACGAUGAUGACUGUAAAAAGUCUUCCAUGGAUGAGGGGACUGCUGGGAGCGAGGCCAUGGCCACAGAAGAGAUGUCUAACCUCGUGAACUAUAUUCAGCCUGUCAAGUUUGAGUCCUUUGAAAUUUCAAAAAAAAGAAAUAAAAGCUUUGAAAUGUCUUCCUUCGUGGAAACCAAAGGACUUGAACAACUUACAAAGUCUCCAGUGGAAUUUGUAGAAUACAACAAGAUGCAACUUAGCAGGAUAUACCCCAAAGGAACACGUGUGGACUCUUCCAACUACAUGCCGCAGCUCUUCUGGAAUGCUGGCUGUCAGAUGGUGGCACUCAAUUUCCAGACAGUGGAUCUAGCUAUGCAGAUAAACAUGGGUAUGUAUGAGUACAAUGGGAAGAGCGGCUACAGGCUAAAGCCAGAGUUCAUGAGGAGGCCGGACAAGCACUUUGAUCCAUUUACUGAAGGAAUCGUAGAUGGGAUAGUGGCCAACACCUUAUCCGUUAAGAUUAUUUCAGGUCAGUUUCUUUCUGAUAAGAAGGUUGGGACUUACGUGGAAGUGGAUAUGUUUGGUUUGCCUGUGGACACAAGGAGGAAGGCAUUUAAAACCAAAACAUCCCAAGGAAAUGCUGUAAAUCCUGUCUGGGAAGAAGAACCUAUUGUGUUCAAAAAGGUAGUUCUGCCUUCUCUGGCCUGUUUGAGGGUAGCAGCCUAUGAAGAAGGAGGUAAAUUUAUUGGCCACCGGAUCUUGCCUGUGCAGGCUAUUCGGCCAGGGUAUCACUAUAUCUCCCUUCGGAAUGAGAGGAACCAGCCCCUGAUGCUGCCAGCUGUCUUUGUCUACAUAGAAGUCAAAGAUUAUGUGCCAGACACAUAUGCAGAUGUGAUCGAAGCUUUGUCAAACCCAAUCCGGUAUGUCAAUCUGAUGGAGCAGAGAGCUAAGCAGCUGGCUGCACUGACACUGGAGGAUGAGGAGGAAGUAAAGAAAGAGGCUGAUCCCGGGGAGACAUCAUCAGAAGCACCAAGUGAAACCAGGACAACUCCAGCAGAAAAUGGGGUGAAUCACACAACAUCCCUUGCACCCAAACCACCUUCCCAGGCUCCGCACAGCCAGCCAGCUCCAGGUUCUGUAAAGGCUCCUGCCAAAACAGAAGACCUGGUCCAGAGUGUGUUAACAGAAGUAGAGGCGCAGACCAUCGAAGAGCUCAAGCAACAGAAAUCGUUCGUGAAACUUCAGAAGAAACACUACAAGGAAAUGAAAGACCUGGUCAAGAGACACCACAAGAAAACCACGGAGCUCAUCAAGGAGCACACCACCAAGUACAAUGAGAUUCAGAAUGACUACUUACGACGGAGGGCAGCCUUGGAAAAGUCCGCCAAGAAGGACAGCAAGAAAAAAUCCGAACCUGGCAGCCCUGACCAUGCCUCAUCGGCCAUUGAGCAAGACCUCGCUGCUCUGGAUGCAGAAAUGACCCAGAAGUUAAUAGACUUGAAGGACAAGCAGCAACAGCAGCUGCUUAAUCUUCGGCAAGAGCAGUAUUACAGUGAGAAGUACCAGAAGCGAGAGCACAUUAAACUGCUUAUUCAGAAGUUGACAGAUGUUGCCGAAGAGUGUCAGAACAACCAGCUGAAGAAGCUCAAGGAGACAUGCGAGAAAGAGAAGAAGGAAUUAAAGAAGAAAAUGGAUAAAAAGAGGCAGGAGAAGAUAACAGAAGCCAAGUCCAAAGACAAAAGCCAGAUGGAAGAGGAGAAGACAGAGAUGAUCCGUUCAUACAUCCAGGAGGUGGUGCAGUACAUCAAGAGGUUAGAGGAAGCCCAAAGUAAAAGACAAGAAAAACUUGUGGAGAAACAUAAAGAGAUCCGCCAGCAGAUCCUGGAUGAGAAGCCCAAGCUGCAGAUGGAGCUGGAGCAAGAAUACCAAGACAAGUUCAAAAGACUGCCCCUGGAGAUUCUGGAGUUCGUACAGGAGGCCAUGAAAGGGAAGAUCAGUGAAGACAGCAAUCACAGUUCUGCCCCUCCCUCCCUGGCCCCAGACCCUGGAAAGGGGAACCACAGGUCUCCCUCCAGUGAGGAAGUAGAAGGAGAGAACCCCGGAAGAGAGUUUGAUACUCCUCUGUGAUGUUCAUGCCAGGCCUUCCAGAUAUGCACGGCUGCUUGAGCUCCUUCAGACUCUAAUGACAAAGAUCACUGCCCAGGGCCAUCUUCAUGAGAAGCACCCCUUAGCCUGAAAUCCACACCAAAUCGAGAGUUUCAGAAGAAUCUGUGUAGAGGUCCCAUACCCCAGUUCCAUGUUUCAUGUGGAAAUGAUUGCCAGUCUAGAGAGAAGGGUGCAUGUAUGCAGGAUUUUUCUUUUUCUUUCCAAUAGUAAAUUAAAAGCAGGCAGCUCCCAGGCUCCGUGGAACAUGUAAUGAAGGACAAUGUAUUCUUUGAGGAAAACUCGAGCUCAUGUCUUCGUUUGAAGCCCUGGUAUAAAGUAUUUCAAAGUAAUAGAAAUAGUUUGAGAAGUGCAUAGCACCAUUUCACACUAUGGAACAUCCCACUUUGACCAUUGUUUCCCUAACUGCCCCGCAAUUCCAUGUUUUCAAGUUAAUAUGUAUAUUAAAUUGUUUCAUCCUUUGCUUUGCAAGCACUGGUGGCUUGCAGUUUGCUAAUUUAUUUAUCAUAGAGGCAUUUGUAUUUGCUGUUGACAUGGCUUUAUUAGAUACCAUAGUGACUCUUACAAGCUGGUUUCUUUUAGAAAACAAAACAAAACAUCAUUUGACUGUAUCAUUACCCAGUAAAGCCAUUUCACUAUUAUAUGUAUGAAUUGUAUAUUUGGCUGCACACCUUUGGGUAUCUAUUGGUUGUUGUCCUAAAAUGAUCAAACAGCUACAAAGGGUCUGUUCUGUUGUGUAAGAAUUGAUCUGAUGUGUAUUAAUCAGGAUUUCAGCUAGACUGAACAGGUUCCAGUGGGUUAUUCUGUUGUCAGAUAUUUUUUUGUGGUUCAUUUUACUGUAGAAAGGAAGAUAGAAUAUUUAUCUAAAUGCACAUGUAUAAAUGAUACACAUUAUCUCCAUGUAUAUAUUACAUGUAUGCACCCAGCCACAUAAGUGCACCCACACGCAUACACACGCAUGAGUGUACAUGUGUGUUUAUUAAUUGGCAGUGACCCAAAUCUCUUCCAUAAGAUUUAAAAGGAAGUUCAGGGAUACAUGGACAGAGAAGAAAUGGGUCAAAUAUAUAUGUUACAUGGAUUGUAAAUUAUAUGGAAAUGCUAAGAAUCAGUUUGUGGAGUUAUUGGUAUAACUUGAGGUAGAUUUAGAAUUUAGAAUAUAAAUUUGCUAAAAAAAUUGUAGGAUCAAAAUUGGAUUUUAAGUGUCAGAUUUUGAGGUUGUUUUAAUGGCAGAAUAUGCAAAAAUGCAUAGGAAAUAGAGUGCAAAUGUAUUACUACUAUCUUCAAUAAAUUUUAACUGAGUAAUUUCAAUUAUAUUCUAACAGUAAUAAAGCUUUGGUUAUAUUUUAGUUUGUAUAUUUGCUGCACUUAGUCAUGUCUUUUUGAGUUUUUAUUUUAAGGGGAAUAAGAGAAACAAAUUAUAUAAUGUUAAAUCUAAUAAAAACACUAAAAGGUCUUAAGGAAAAAUAAUUAUAUAGAAAAAUAUGGUUUGGAGAGUGAGACAAAGAACAUUAAAAUCCAGCAGUGACAUGCCUAUAGCUUCAUUAUUAUUUUAAAGCGAACCUGUCUGGUUAUAAUUUAGCAAAGCAUUUUACAAUGCAAAAAUCAGUUGUGUCCUGAAAUUUGUGUUUCAAGAAUUUAAUAUUUUUAUGGAAAUGAUUUUAUUUAACUGUAAGCAAUAACUAGGAUCAUAAUUAAGUUUUAAUCAAAAUGAAGGCUUGCUUAGAACACCAUGACAGUGUGUGAUUACACACACACACACACACACACACACACACACACACACACACCUAGUGAAACACAAGGGGGAAAAUCACAUCCUCUUUAGAGAUGAUCGUAUUUUCUCUGAAGAAUCAAGAGUGUUAAUUAGACACUCACUAAAACUUACCUUCCAUGGAAGAGAGAGCUUUUGUAACCAAUACUACUUUUGCACUUUGAAGGAAAGGCAUUACUCAGAAAGAAAUGAGAAUGGUCCAUAUGGAAUGCUGCAUUUUACAAACCCAAUUAUAGACUGUUGAACAUUGGAGAAGAAUGAAUUGAUAACAGCAUUCAUAACCAAACACAGUCUUGGCUAUUGCAGAACAUUGGAUUUCAUCAUAGUCCAUAUAGUGACUGAGGUUGAAUAACCUUGACUUUCAAACCCUGUUUUGGUAGUUGGACUUCAUUAUCUUGGUGAUUCUAGUCAUUUUACAAUGUUUUGUAUUUGGUCAUUUACUGUAAUCACAUUUUUAUAUCUGUACAGUGACACUUUUUGCAGUUGUGGGAUAGUGUGUAACACUGUGCAUCUUGCAUCAUUGAAACUACCGUGAUACUAUCCAUUAAUAAUAUUAAUAUUACUUGAAAAUAGACAAGGGUAAAGAAAAGGGGUCUAUAUGAUGUGCAGUUUUGUGCCUUUAUGUAUUUGCCUUGUUCUCUGUUGAAUGUGUGAAAUUCUGUACUGUGGUUUUUCCUAUAGUAGAGAGUAGAGUCAUGCAUUAAAUUAGACUGUGUCCUGACACCUUUAAACUACUGAAAAUAAUGUGGUUGGGCCAUGUAAAUCAGUGUUCAAAGUUCUAAUGACUUGCCAUGUGUUUUGGUUUUUAACAUUGCAGUAUCACCAUACAUUAAUGAAUACUCCUGUAAUAGAUAAGCAGUCAUUAAUUAAGUUCCAAAAGAAAGGGCCAUUGCUUGCAUUCCUUUGAAUUUAAUGUUGCCCUUGUGCACUGUGUUAAUACUGUUGUGAUGAAUUGAACAUUGUGACUUUUGCCUUUUAAGAAGAAAAAAGAGAGAGAAGGCAAAGGAUUUGAUGCUCUUAAAAUGUACAUAUUUGGGUUCUAUCUCAAAUUAUUUAAAAUGCAUAAUUCACAUUUUUGUAAUCAUUCUAUGCAAUUUUGUGGCAUGAUGUUUCUUCCACUUGUAAUUUUAUGUGCUUUCAUCACAAAUCCAAAGGAAACAAUAAAAAUUUCUUAACACA